AUGUCCGAAUCUCAACCCAUUGAACUCAGCGACACUUCUAGUGACGAAGAACUGGUCAUCUGCCUCCCACCAUCCCUUCCUCCUCUUAAACGCGAACACAGCGAGUCUAUCAUCAUAAUCCCUGAAACCCAGCAAACACCUUCGCCUUGUCCCUCUCCUACUCCUCUCAGGGACUUCAACUCAGAACCAGAAGACCUCGAUCCCCUUGAAGCUUCAUUUCCCCAGCCAAAUCGAGCAAACCACUCUGAAAAUUCGUCACAGGACGGCGAAGAAGAUACACCAAACCUGUUCGAUGAGGACGAAUUCGGCCCUCAUGAACGAGUUCCCAACCUAGUUCAUGAACCUAUACGCCUUCCACCGCAGUCAACUGUCAAUAUAGCUCGUGAAAAACUGUCUGUCAUAGCAAAAGACAAGGGUUUCGCACUGGUUACCAGCUCAAGCAAUCAGGAAGUUCAGUACAUGGUAAUGAAAUGUGUCUGCAGUGGAGAUUAUCGAACAGGUCGCACCUCUCGAUAUGAUCAAGUCCGACAGCGUCAGCCUCAUACCCAGCGAACAGACUGUCCAUUCAAGAUCAAACUUUCAAGAGCUCGUCAGGAGGACGCCCUCGCCGACGGAUUUCGUCCUGUCCUACUGGUCACGAUCUGUAAUGAUCAUAAUCACCCUCCAAUAAAGAAUUUACUACUGUCACAUCUUCGAAAAAGUUCUCGCACCCCUGAAAUCAAUAGUGUCACGCGGCGCCGCGUGACAUUAUCCUUUCCCAUCAAACGAAGUUCCUUUGGACAUCAGUUCGCCAUCAACGACCCAGGAGAUACGAAGUUAGGAGGAUACGAAGUUAGGAAGGCACGAACUUCGUCGGGGACGAAGUUCGUGAGGUACGAAGCUCGGGACGUCGGGUUGAACGAAGUUCUGCGUUGA